UUCACGGGUCGUUAAAAUCUUUCCUUUUGAGAAACCAUACACCAUGCUACUUGAGAGACGUGGCUUCAGGUUUUGCUCUUCUGCAAGGAUGUUGGCAGCUCUGGUGUGUAUUCUGCUUUGCAUCCAGCCCGGACACGGACAGACCUGCACGGAAGGUUUUGCGUACGACCGCAGGGCCAGACAGUGCGUAGAUGUGGAUGAGUGCCGCACAAUGCCAGAUGUUUGCCGAGGAGACAUGCGCUGUGUGAACCAGAACGGAGGCUACCUGUGCCUCCCGAGGAACCUGUACAAUCAGCCGUACCGACAGGAGACCCCGGCCCUGCCCGAGCCCGCUUACCCGGACGCAUCGGUUGGAUUUCCAGACACCUUCCUCCCGGAUCCUCCGAGAGCUGUGGAGCCCAGCUACCCCAGAGUUAGGACCACCGCGCAGUGCAUUCUGGGAUAUGCUGCUGCAGAGGAUGGCACCUGUAAUGACAUCGAUGAAUGUGAGACGAACUCUCAUCACUGUAACCCCACCCAGGUCUGCAUCAACACAGCAGGUGGCUACACCUGUUCCUGCACUGAGGGCUACUGGCUCAUCGGUGGGCAGUGCCAGGAUAUUGAUGAGUGUCGCUAUGGUUACUGCCAGCAGCUGUGUGCCAACGUCCCCGGCUCUUAUUCGUGCUCCUGUAACCCCGGCUUCAUCCUCAACCCAGACAGCAGGACCUGUCAAGAUGUGGAUGAGUGUGAGGACGAGCCGUGCAGUCACGGCUGCUUCAACACGUACGGCUCCUACAUGUGUAACUGUGACGAGGGCUUUGAGUUGGCGUCCGACGGCACGACCUGCAUCGACUUGGACGAGUGCAGCUUCUCUGAGUUUCUGUGUCAGCACCGCUGUGUGAACACGCCCGGCUCCUUCUCCUGCAUCUGCCCGUCUGGAUAUUAUGUGUUUGAGGACGGCCGGACGUGUGAAGAUAUCAAUGAAUGUGACACUGGUAACAACACCUGUACAACAGCACAAGUAUGUUUCAAUUUCCAGGGAGGCUACACAUGCCUGGAUCCUCUACAGUGUCACUCUCCUUACGUCGAAGUUAGUGACAAUCAGUGCAUGUGCUCAGCUGAGAACCCUGCCUGCAGGGACAAGCCCUUCACUAUUCUGUACCGACACAUGGACUUGUCGUCGGGGCGCAGUGUGCCUGCAGACAUCUUCCAGAUGCAGGCCACCACGCGUUACCCCGGCGCCUUCUACAUCUUCCAGAUAAAGUCGGGCAACGACGGGCGAGAGUUUUACAUGAGGCAAACCAGCAACGUGAGCGCCACACUCGUCCUGUCCCGGCCCAUCACGGGGCCCCGGGAGGUGGUGCUGGACUUGGAGAUGGUCACGGUGAACAACGUCAUCAACUUCAGAGGCAGCUCCAUCAUACGUGUGACGGUGUUUGUCUCAGAGCACCCGUUCUGAGCAUCCCACGUGAGCUGCAUCGCCCUCAAAGGAUCAAGCUCACACGCAGCUGAUGGUUUGUUUGAGACAGAAUCACCUUUUUGUUUUCUGUUUUUUGAAAUCAUCAUGUCAUCCGAUAAAGACUCAACACCAGCUGAUGGGAAAGCGUCCCUGUGCUCGAUUCCCCGCCCUGGUUUAAUGGACUGUGAGCUUUUAUGGCUGCGAUAUGGACUUUCGUCACAGAGGGAUAUUUAUGGUGUACAAUUUCUGACAUCCUCUAUUUAGAAAACGACCCAAACAAUGAUGUAAACUACCCUCACUGAGUACUUGUACACAACUGUACACCAUGCAGUUUUCUUCAUGAGUUCCCCCAGUUGUCUGUGAAUCUUCAUCCCUUCAGAUAAGCUGUGAAAGUGAUUUAUGUGUCAUUGCAUCAUGAGUCGGAUCAUUGUUGUGUUUUUUUAUGACAGCCGGUUAUCUGAGCUGAAGUGUAUUUGUGCAUUUGCAGUGGCAAUAUUUGAAAUGAUGUAACAACUAGUCAUUAACUGAAUUAUUGAUCACAGUUCUUUUUUUAGACCAAUAAAUGUCUUCACCACA